AAUUACUUUGUUAACUAAGACCGGCGUGACCGUGAUAAAAGUAGAGAUGGGCGGUCCUGGAUCAUCACCAUGUGCUUCGUGUAAGCUUCUUCGACGACGCUGUGCAAAAGAUUGCAUAUUUGCACCUUAUUUCCCUCCUGACGAUCCUCACAAAUUUGCCAUUGUUCAUAAGGUCUUCGGCGCAAGCAACGUCAGCAAAAUGUUGCAGGAGCUACCGGUUCAUCAAAGAGCUGACGCGGUGAAUAGUCUGGUUUUCGAAGCAAACGCACGAGUUAGAGAUCCAGUAUAUGGCUGCGUAGGAGCAAUCUCCUACUUGCAAAAUCAAGUCUCACAGCUUCAAAUGCAACUAGCAGUAGCUCAGGCCGAGAUUCUCUGCAUCCAGAUGCAACAGGAGCCAAAUUUACAGUCUCAUCAUCAAAUACUUGAACUAGACCAAGACGAUAAAAUUCUCUUGCUACACAACAACAUCGAUAACUGCAACAACAACAGUAAUAACAACUUGGGUUAUGCUAUGUCUUCCGGGCAGUUCAACUCUAACUUUGCUUCUCCAAGCAGUAUAAUGCAAAUGCAGAUGCAAAUGCAAGACCCUCUGAAGCAAGAAUCUCUUUGGACUUGACUUAAGCUAUUAUUGUAAUAUAAUCUUGUUGUUUGGAUAACUCAUAAGUGAAGUCUCGACAAGUUUGCUUCUUUGCUAUGUUGAAAAAGAGAAGAUGGGAACAAGUUUCGUGUAAGGAAAGAAAUAGUACAAGUCAAAAACUUAAAUGCAUGCAUGUGAUGGUGAUAAGAUGUAGUUAGAAUAGAAGCUUUGGAAUUAGAGAUCUGUUUUUAUUUUUCCCUCUUAAUUUAGUUCACCAUUUCUAUUUUUCAUCCUCACAUCGUUUGAACAGUGAAAAUUAGAUCUAUUCCCAAACCCAGUCUAAUUUUCUUCACGUCUUCAAGAUUUUUUAUGAUUUGUCAUUUUAAGUCUUCAAUAAACCAACUACACUACUUUCCCCCCAAAAAUGACUCAAAACGUUAUAGCGUUCAAAUUACGAAAAUUUAUAUGAUUUAAUAGAGAAGGAUAUAUUUGAUGUUUAUUUAAUAAAAUUAUUGUGUUAAAAAAAAAAUUAAUAAAAUUAUCCUAAAAUACAA